UGGUGUACUUAUCUAGGGGAUAUGUACUUGAAAGGGAAUGGGCUCAUCUAAAACUCAGUCUAAUGGUAUGUUUUAUGACUCCAAACCAAGAUCACAUUGUAAAAUGAAUUUGUAGGCUAUAGACAGUAGUGUUGAAUACAAAGAUUUACAACCAAAGUAGCUGUGUGUACAAACAAGAUUACAGUAUAAUACAUAAACCUAAUAAUGAUUGUAUUACAUUUUUUACUGACUUUCUGGCUGACGGAGAAAUCUCACAUUACUUUAGCUAUGAUUUAUUUAUUUUUUUUUUUUAAAGUCACUUUCUCCUUCCUUUUAAUCCUUUUCACAGAAUGUAAUGAAGAACAGUUUUGACGUUUAGCACCAAUAGGUGGCAGCAGUGAUCAAUCUUCCUACAGUUUAUUCGUUCAUUUCUGGCCCAUGGAAUGUUUUCUUUCUUUUUUUUUUAACAUGCAGAGAUCGAACUUUCAAAUGAUUGUGCAUGCUUUAUUUUAUUUAUUGUAUUUUUAAUUGAUAUUUGAAACGGUUUCAUUAGAUAAAACUACAUACGAGUUGACUAUUUUGGGAGAAAAAAACAGGCUGUUUUUCUGUAUCUUUCAAAUCCAUCAAUAUAGAUCAGCUGUUUUUUUUAAUAUGUAUUUUUGCAAUUAUAUUGAAACGCAUUUUAUUUAUAUAACUAAUUAGAUUGAUCAGGGUUUAAACUGACCUGCCCCUUUUUUUUUAAAUUUUUUAUUUUUUUAUUUUUUUACACCUGUCCGCUAGGCGCGCGCGGACCUGCUGAUGACCGACUCUAUUGACUCCGCGCUCGCGCCCCGUAAUCCUUUCCCGUGACGUCGCGAGAAAUGGCGGAGCGCGAGGAAAGCUACGUCUGUCGGAGUUCCAGCCAAGACUCAGACUUCCAUCACAGAGGCGACGAGAAGAAACCUUUAAGUCGGCCAGAUUCGACAGCCUCUGCUCACAACACGUACAUUAUAUCCAGCUCUGCAGACGUACACAACACGGGAAGACCAGAGCCUCUGGUGCUGAAACCUGAUGAGAGACAGAAACUGGCUCGAGAGAGGAGGGAGGAGAGAGAGAAACAGAACGCUGUGCUAAAGGCUCAGUUGUUUGAGCGUGAGGAGCGAGCGAGGCUGUACUAUGAGAAGCAGCUGGAGGACAGAAGGAGGCGUCUGGAGGAGCAAAGGCUUAAGGAGGAGAGGAGGCGCGUGGCCGUGGAGGAGAAACGACGGCAGAAGCUAGAGGAGGAGAAGGCUCGGUAUGAGGCAGUGGUGAGAAGGACUCUGGAAAAGAGUCAGCGAGUCCGACCGAAGCAGAACCGCUGGAGCUGGGGAGCAACCCUAACCUCCAGCACCUCGCACAACACUGAUGCUGACAGAAGGUCAGUCUCCACCAUGAAUCUGUCCAAGCACAUAGACCCAGUCAUAAACAAACGUCUUUCGUCAUCUUCUGCCACACUGUUAAACUCGUCAGACCGAGGCUUACAGAAGCAGACGUCCCUCUCCUCCUCUUGCUUAGUAAAUAAAGUUCCAUCUAAAGCUCGAGUGUCCAGAGAGAAGAUCCACCGCGACAGACAUGCAGGUAUGCGUCGUAUGCCUCUAACCCCGUGGGAGAACAACGUAGUCAGUCGCUUACAGACACCAACGCACUCGUACCUGGCUCGAAGUCGUAGUGCUGUAUCUCUGUCUGGAGAUGCAGCCUCCUGUCACCAUGCGAGCUCACUGUCCUUCAAGGCCCCGCAGUCACGCAGCGGCGAGCGACCAAUCCGAGCCGGCCUCAGCCUCGAGCGAGCGGUCAGGGCUGGGCCGGAGGCCAACCCAUGCAGGAAGGCAUCCCAUCAUAUGCUGAUUGAUAGGAAGGAUAAGGACUACGUGCGCAAGUCCUGGAGUAAUCUGUCCUGUCCUCCUCCAACUCUGAGCCUCGCCACCACCAAGAGAGCGCCCUCUCCUGGCGGCCAGCGUGCUAAACUCAGCCAGCAGUCACCUGCCAGGAGUUCCACAAAACCAUCUCCGAAGUCUCCCAUGUCCAAAAGAUCCAGGUCUCCUCCUCCGCCAUCUUCCCUGCCCUUUUCUCCUAGCAACCCUUCCCUGUUGCCUGGUAACCUGCGACCCAGCCGGGUGACGCCAGAGAGCCCGAGAGCGAGUCCUCCGGAGGAUGAGAAGGACCGAAAGAAGAACGAGGAGGUCAAGAGAGAAGAGACGCGUCGCAGCAGGGAAGAGGACGAGGAGGAAGAACAAGAGAAGAGGGAGAAACGCGGAAGUCCUGCUAAAGCAGCAGCUGAAAUCUCCACACGUAAAGAGUCCAAUGGUGUAGAGAGGGUGGCGAGUCCUCCAGCGGGCAGACCCAGUACAGGAACCACAGACCCAGAGGAGGCGUCUCGACUGCUGGCUGAGAAACGACGGCAGGCCAGAGAGCAGAGGGAGAAAGAGGAGGAGGAGAAGAAGCUGCAGGAGGAGGCCGAGAGACGACACAGAGAGGAGAUGGCACAGAGGAUAGCUGAGGAGAGAGCGAAACGAGAAGAGGAGGCCCAGCGUCUGGCUGAAGAGAAAAAAUGCAAGGAGGAAGAAGAGAGACAAUUAGAAGAGGAGAGACUGCAGAGAGAGAAAGAGGAAGAAGCAGAACGCCUGCAGAGACAGAAAGAGGAAGAGGAGGCUCGUCAGCGUGAGGAAGCAGAGCGUUUGCGUCAGGAGAGAGAGAAACACUUCCAGAAAGAGGAGGCUGAGAGACUCGAGAGGAAAAAGCGUCUCGAGGAGAUCAUGAAACGCACACGCCGUUCAGAUCAGAAAAGCCCCGGUCAGAGGAACGGAGAUGUGAGUCAGCAGUCUCAGGACACGGAAAACGUGGUCUCUGGGAUCCCCUCAAUCACUGUUUCGGCUCCACAAAUCCCUGACUCCACACAGCGCAGUGACAGCAACGGCCACACAUUGCCCCCUGCUGGACACGACAGCAUUAGCACCGAAGCCCAGCUUCAAGAAAACGGCGUCGUCAUGGAGACCCCGGACUUUGAGGAAGUGAUCGAGGUGCCCAUGGUGAGCAAACUGUCCCGUCAGGAGGGCGACGGAGAGGAAGAGGACGAGAGGAGGAAGACGCCGCUGCUGGCUUUCGGCGAGAACGGAAGCACACAUGACCUGAGCACAUGGGACCAAAGCCAAGUCCGGGACCACGCAGGUGAUGUCUGAAACCCUCAGAGAGCAUGAUGGGAAACAAAGUGUGACUGCUACCCGCUCGGUUUCUUCUCCCUUUACAUUUUAUCCACUUAGACACUUGGUUAUCUGAGGAGAAAGUAACUGUAACACACUUCUCAAGUUGUGGACAGUCAUCCUUGUGCUUCCUGUAAUGCAGCUCGUACCUACUGAUUCCCCACGCCCCACCCCUCUAACACUAAAGUGGCAUGUUCCAGGAGCAUCGAGGCUCGGUCGAUUAAACGUGCUGUUCGCGUGUAUGUGGGAAAAUCUGUGGAUUUGAAAUCAGCUGUAAAGUCUGAUCUAAUACUUGAAGUUUUUAGUUUUUUUUUUUGGUUCGUUUGUUUGUGUUGAGGUCAAAUUCAGUGACGUGCUAACCGUAGCAAGGGCGCCGGAUGACCUGAUGUCCUUUUGAAAUGUUCCGAAACAUUCUGGGACUCGUUUUUUGUGCAGAGUAAACCAGGCAUGUCGUGUAACACUGAACACAUCGUGACUUUUACAAGAAUGAAGAAAUAGUAUUUUCCUACUUGUUUAUAAAGCUUUAAUAUACAUUUGCUUCAUCGUGACCGUGUUGCACUGGGGAUGAGUCGUCUUAAUGGAGAUGCACCGAAAUUUGAAGUGAAAAUUCUUGGCCAAAAUAAGGCCCCUUUUUGCACUUUUUCCCCCCUUAACGCUUUUCCUGAAAGAGUUAAAAAUGCAGAGAAACUUCUUGUUUCAUUCAUACUCUAAUGUACAGUAUUUCCGUGUUAUUAUGUCCUCUGAUCAGAUGUUUGGAGUAAUAUCCUGUUGAAAGCACAAACGUCAUUAAUAAUAAUAAUAAUAAUAAUAAUAAUAAUAUAUUUAGCAGAAGGGUGUACGGUGGCUUAGCAGUUAGCACGUUUUGCCUCACCCCUCCAGGGUUUGGGGUUCGACUCCCGCCUCCGCCCUGCGUGCGUGGAGUUUGCAUGUUCACCCCGUGCUUCGGGGGGUUCCUCUGGGUAUUCCUCCCUCAGUCCAAAGACAUACGUUGUAGGCUGAUUGCCAUCUCUAAAUUGUCCGUAGUGUGUGAAUGUGUGUGAUUGAGCCCUGCGAUGGGUUGGCACCACGUUCCCUGGGAUAGGCUCCACGCCAACCGCGACCCUGUGUAGGAUAAGCGGUAUGGGAACAUAGAUGGAUGAUGGAUGUUUGGCAAAUGCUCCAAUAAAACCAGAUAAAAACAUGUUUUGAUUGAUUUAGUGACUUUUCUGUAAGGGGAUGUUUGUGUAGCUUCAGAGCUAAAGCUGUAUCUUUUUACUUUUUUUUUCAUUCCUUAAUUGAUGAAAAAAAAUAAAAUAAUAUAAAUGUCCGCAAAUCACUGCGGUAGAAUAAGAAUUAAAACACUUCAGGACGUUGUUUUUUCGGUUAGUUUCAGUUUUCGGCCAAGAAUUUAUUUCCGUGCAUCGCUACCUCUGACCCGAGUGAAAGCUCACUCCAAAGAUCUCAUGCGUGACACGCUGUCUAAUCUACCGUCUAACGCAGCAGGUUUAUGAGCUCCGGAUAUUAAUCGGCCGCGAGGACCGGACAGCGCGUGCUGAAGAAGGCAGGGUUUCUCUGCUGCGUACCGACACAAUCAUUACAUUUAAUACUAAAUAAAACAAUAAGCGAAGACAAUAAAAUGAAGGACCUUAAAUGAAGAGAAACGCUGCUAUGUGUAACGUCCCUAUGCCUUAUCAAAUCAGGACACGCGUGUUUGGGGAUUUAAGGGCUGAUUAUCAACCUCCACACCACAUUUCCUACGUUUUACAGCCGGAUUAGAUCUCCUCACUAGAGAAUUCAUCUCGAUUUGCUCAGUGUGCAUAACUGCUGUUUAUUUAAAAAAACUGCUGGAUUGAGGAUCUGCUCCAAGAUUCGCUUUAGCUCUGUCAGCAAAUCCUGACGCUGGUGUAACGUAAUGCUAAAAGUGCCGAGCUCAGCUACUGUAUAAUGUGUUCAAUGGAAGCGAUGUAAAUCUUUAAAGAUUUGUGUACAGUAAAUGCAGAUACGGCUAUAUCAUACAAAGACCGAAUUCAUGUUAGAAACAAGACGAGCACGACGACUGAUCUGAUAUAAAACUGCAACCUGGCAUCUGUACCAGCUAGAACAGAGAACUCCUCAAAUCCCAGUCCCAUAAAUAACGCUUAGUUUUAGUUUGGUGGAGAUUCUAGACUCAAGCACAUUCAUACUUUUUGUCAUCUUCUGUUUCAUCAUCUCUUUACAAAUUCCUCAUUCUCAUCCCCCUCCUCCCCCAAGCAAUCACAUCUGUAUAGCAUGUAAAAAAAAAUAAUAAUAAUUAUUAGAAUCAAUAAAUAAUUUUGUUUGAACAACAAAGCCCCACACGUCUGCUUUAUUUAUGUAAUUGUGUUUCUAUAGUCAGGCAACACAAUACUCGAAUAAUCACAAUACUCCUCCACAUGUUCUGUUACAUCUCAGUGACUUUUCCUCUUUUAUUUGAGUUUAUGUAUUAAUUUUACAAAAUGUAAAAAUAAAUCAUGAGAUAAUUCAUACUUGAGCAAGGAAGGAAAAAAAGGAAAUAAAAUUCAUUAAUACUAAAGCGAAUUAAACCCUUAAAUGCAUCACAGUGUAACUGUUUAUUAUUAAACCCACAAAGUCGUCAUUACUUUCAUUUCUGCAGUUCGACCAUUGUUUUGUCGAGUGGGAGAAG